UGUGGGACAAGAUGCAGGCAUAGUAGUUGAUCGACGAUGCUUGACAGAUUCGGGGAAAGAUUUUUGCUUAGUGUUUGGUAGAAAUUUAGAAAUUUAACUUGUUAUAUGUUCACGUUUUGGAUAAGUACGUAGCGACUCACACGUCGAAUACAUCUUGGUAAAUAUUAAGAUCAUGGUGGUGAACAGUCCCUCUCCUCUACCUGAGAGAGCCAUCUAUGGGUUUGUCCUUUUCCUUGGCUCACAGUUUGGCUUCUUUCUGUAUUGCCUGUGGGCAUUUACACCUGAAGAGUGGCUUCAUUCAAUAGGGCUCACCUACUGGCCUCAAAAAUACUGGGCCCUUGCUGCACCUAUCUAUCUGCUGGUUGCACUGGUGAUCUGUUUUGUGUUGCUGUUCGGAGUGAACAUGAACAACACGGCUCCACUUGACUCCGUGGACAACAUCACAGAUGUGUACGCUCAAGGCCAGAGGACAACAGACUGCCGCAAGGGGGGAAUACCCAGACUGAAAGAUGUCUCCAUCAGCGAUGUCAACAAAAUGUUCUAUUUGUCGCUCAAGCAAUAACAAACUGAUUCCAGCCGGAGGCAGAGUAGAAGUGAGGCUGCCGGGGAUUUAUUAUUGUGUCAGUGUUUACCCUUUGUUUAUAAUAGAAGGACUCUGCUUUAUUUAUUUAUCCAGGAACAAAGGGGAAGAUGUACAGAAAGAACUGUUAAUAGAUAGAAUAGAAUAGUGCUGUGUGUUUGUUAGGCUGAAUAUGAUGUAACACAGUGUCAUCAGAGCAACUCUGGAUGGAACAAGGUAGCACAUGACUACAUUUAAUAAAUGUCAUACUUUUAUUACAUAUUUUUGUGCAAUAGUACACUUUUGAUAACAUCAUAAUCAUAUGAAAUAAGAUGGAUACUUUCAUGCAUCGCAUUAAAAUCACUUUCAGCAGCAUAUAUAAUUAAAUACACUAUAAAUAAGUAAGCAAUGUAUCUUACAUACAUGAAGAUCCUGUUCCCAUUUUUAAUUCAAGGGGAACAUUUUAACCUCAGUGUCCACUGCUAGAAACUUAGGAGUCGAGUUGCAUCAAAUCACAGGUGCUGGUGCAGUUUGGUGCCUGACCGAAAUGUCCUAGAUGAGAUUUUAUUACACAAUGCAUCCAUCUGAUUGGUCAAAGCAUGACUAGAUUUGCAACACAGAUCUACAAUCCAGGGCCCAAGUAUAGAGGUAAAUUCAUUUUACUUUUUAUUGUAGUGUACUAUAUGUUUCACUUUUAGUCUUAUAGAGAUGCUCUGAAUGUUUAAACAGAUAAGCAUGUGUUCUCUCAACAGCUCAGGGUUCCCUCUAGUGAUGAUGUGAAGAAUAUCAUCUCAUGUUAGAGAGAGGGGGGAAAAUGCAGUCUGUGGGACUUUGCCAGGGGGUUUCUGUAAAGUUUUCAGUUUGAUCAAAUUAUCAUGAUAUAAAAAACAUUUUUCAUUUAUUUACAAAAGGCUUCCCAGUUCACUGAAUCAUAUUUAAUGCCUUUAAUCAAAUAGCUCACGGAUUAUGUUCUAAUCUAAAGAAUCCACAACUGUUCUCUUUUUUUCAACAUAACUGAGAUAGAAGUGUAAAAAAGAAGAAGUCGGCCACAUCAAAUUAUUAAGACAUACAGUAUCUCACAUAAGUGAGUACACCCCUCCCAUUUUUGCAAAUAUUUCAUUAUAUCUUUUCAUGGGACAACACUAUAGAAAUGACACUUUGAUAUAACUUAAAGUAGUCAGUGUACAGCUUGUAUAGUAGUAUAGAUUUACCUUCCUCUGAAAAUUACUCAAAACACAGCCAUCAACAUCUAAACAGCUGGCAACAUAAGUGAGUACACCCCACAGUGAACAUGUCCAAAUUGUGCCUUAAAGUGUCAAUAUUUUGUGUGCCAGUCAUUAUUAUCUAGCACUGCCUUAACUCUUUUGGGCAUGGAAUUCACCAGAGCUCACAGGUUGCUUCAGGAAUCCUCUCCCACUCCUCCAUGAUGACAUCAUGGAGCAGAUGGAUGUGAAGACACCUUGUGCUCCUCCACCUUCAGCUUGAGGAUGCCCCACAGGUGCACAGGUGAGUUUAGGGCUGGAUACAUACUUGGCCAGUCCAUCACCUUCACCUUCAGCUUCCUCAGCAAGGCAGUUGUCAUCUUCUAGGUGUGUUUUGGGUCAUUAUCAUGUUGGAAAACUGCAUUGCGGCUCAGUUUCUGAAGAGGGGCGAUCAUGCUCUGCUUGGAAUUCAUGUUUCCCUAAAUGAACCGAGCUCCCCAGAGCCGGCAGCACUCAUGCAGCCCCAAACCAUGAUGCUGCCACCACUAUACUUGACUGUAGGCAAGGGACAGUUGUCUUGGUGCUCUGUCAGCAUGUGUGGCACCUUGGUGAAGAGCACCAAGACAACUGUCCCUUGCCAAAUGAAACAUUUGCAGAAAUGUGAGGGGUGUACUCACUUAUGUGAGAUACUGUACAUGAGGGGGUCACCAGUCUUGUAAGAGGUCCUUGACUAACUACUAGAGAAAAGACUGAGAACCUGAAGAUCCCUGUGCAACAAAAUAAUUAACAAACCAGGAAAAGACUGACUGGAGAGUCAUGGAAUAUAGUUUUUGCUAAAAUGUAGUGAUAUAGCAGGGCGGCCUCUAGCUCAGCGAGUAGAGUAUCCAACCUGCAGCUGUCUUGUGCGUGUCAUCCCCAUUCUCUCUCCCCCUCUCUUGUCCAUCUCCACCUGCACUGUAAUAAAGGCAAUAAAACACCCCAAAAAACUUUUAAAAAUGUGGUGGUACCAGGACAUUUUUGUGAUGGAAAAACUCACAUGUUUUACGAUUGGAACAAGGGAAGUUUAAAAACUGUUGGACAUCUUGGACUACAUACGUAUCCUCAACUACAUCUGACUUCAACUGGACAUGAUCAAUGGAAUUAACACAUUUGUCUAGCAGCAGGGGGCGCUUCUGGUUUACUAGAUUAUGUAUCAAGGUACAAAAAUUAAUUGAUUCAAAAAGUGUUACUUGUUAUUAUUGCUUUGUUUUAUCUUUAACUAUUUACCUAUUCUUUUAUUUUUAUAAAGGGGAUUUUUUUUUAAAUUUAUUUCAAUUAUUUAAUUUGUGUAUUUCCUCCUGCCAAGACUUUUUUUUCCCCAAAAACUUUUGUCAUGGGUUGAAAUAUGUGUAUUCAUACCACUGGGACUGUCUUUGAAGGCAGUUAUAUAAUAGUUAUAUAACAAACUGUUUAUCUGUAUUUGAAUAUUUUGUUACAUUACCUUCAAAAA